CAGGACAACAGCCAAAGGAGUUCCCAAGCCUUCUCUUUUCUUCUUCUUCUUCUUUUUCUUCUUCUCUACCAAAGCUGUAUCUUUUAUCACCUAUAGUUCUCCCUUCCUUCUUCUGUUGUCCAAGAAACCGCUUACAAGGCCUGAAAUCAUGUUCCAGAGCCAGCUUUCCAGGUCAUCAUCCUUCAGAGGCUCUCUCAAAGCCCUUGAAGCUGAUAUCCACCAUGCCAACACCCUAUUGUGGAAUCUUGUAGAGUUGAUUUGGGAUGUGUGGAUGUUUGGUUAUGAUGGGGGUGGUGGAAUUUUCAGGGCUGAUACUAUUCAGAGAGCUUAUGGUGGUGCAUGCCUUCAGAUGAAGCUGUCUUACAGCCCUCUGGCACCAUUCUUUCUUUUCCUAAUCCAGUGGAUAGACUGUUCAUGUUCCUACUCCCUCCCUAGUUAUUUAGGUCUUCUCCACAUACUUGUUUACAAGGUUUAUGCUGAUGGGCAGACGACGAUAUCCACAUAUGAAAGGAGGGCCAGCCUUAGGCAGUUCUAUGCUGUUAUAUAUCCUUCUCUUCAACAACUUGAAAGCUACUUGGUGGAGAAGGAUGAGUCUGAGGAGAGAGGUCGAUGUAAAGAGAUAAUGGGCAGGAAGAGGAUGGAAGAAUGGAGGAAGCUUUCUGAUAGGGAUAUGGAGAGAGAGGAUGAAUGCGGGAUUUGUUUGGAGAUCUGUACCAAGAUGGUCCUGCCUAACUGCAACCAUGCUAUGUGCAUAAACUGCUACCGCGACUGGCAUACAAGAUCGCAGUCCUGUCCAUUUUGCAGGGGAAGCCUGAAAAGAGUUCGAUCAAGAGACCUCUGGGUGCUUACAAGUAAUGGCGAUGUGGUUGAUACUGUGACUUUAGAAAAGGAAAAUGUGGCGCACUUCUAUCGCUAUAUAGAUAGUUUGCCUCUCACAGUUCCAGAUAGCUUGUUCCUGUUUUAUUAUGAUUACCUAGUCUAAUCUGUAGAUAUGGGGAGGGUGGUGUAUAGACUGUGCGAAAGCCGACCAUCUCCUGUAGAUUGAGUCUGGUAAGGAAAAGUUCUUUCAAUUGCAUGUCACUUUUCCCAAUUGUGCAGUAGGAUUUCCUUUGCAAUGCCUUUCAGAAUAAUUGUAUAUGAAGAUUGCACUUAAGUUUUAAGGUCCUGUUGAUGUUGUUGCUUAUUGCCAGUGGUUGGCAAGACUAUACAAAAAAGAAAAGAAAUGAAGCUCACACACUGAUGUGCUGAUCCGAUUAUACCAGUACAGUUGGGUUU